CUCCUCGCCCCUCCCCGCCCCGCCCGCGGCAGAGCCACGUCUCGGCCGGAGGAGCAGCAGGAGCCGCCGCAGCCGCCGCUUCCAGGGGCUACCUGGGAUCUCAGCUUCUGACCUAUACCAGUUCGCAAAUGGAAACCUUAGCACCGUGCCUCUGAAUGGAUUUUAACUCGCUGAUGGAGGGGAAAAAGCAGGACUUGCUAUCCGCUCAUUCAUAAGCUCUCGUCGGCACCACCACGUCUGGGGUCACAGCUACCAUGGACUCUUCCCCUGCUGAACAAGGCGGCCUGCUUGAGAGCAGAUCUAGCAAUGGCCUCCCCGACCACUCUGGGGCACUUCUGAAUCACACAGGCAAAGUGAAUCAGGCCAAUGGUGGUGACAGUCAUUGUACCAGUAUUAAUGUUAACCAAGUGUCAAAUGAAGGAGGAAGCAUGGAGACAGCCAGCAAAGGGGACAUCUGUCAGAAUGGACCCACCACCCAUUUCCCCGAUCCUCCAUUGUCUCUUGAUCCCACCACCAGACCAUUCGGUCCCGAUCCAUCUCCAGGUGUGGCUGGUUUCCAUGACAACCUAAGGAAGUCUCAGGGAUCUAGUGCUGAGGGCGUAGUUCUUAGAAAAGAAGCUUUGCAGUCUCUCAAACUCAGUCUUCCUAUGCAAGAAACUCAUUUGUGCUCAAAUGAAUCUUCACUUCCCUUGGAAAAAGAGGAACAGAUCCGACUUCAAGCUCGGAGACGGCUAGAAGAACAGCUCAAACAGUAUCGAGUGAAAAGACAUCAGGAGAGAUCUAAUCAGCCUGCAUCCAAAACCCGGCCAACCAGCACCCUGGACCCUGAGCUCAUGUUAAACCCAGAAAUCUUACCAAGGGCCAGCCCAGUAGCGAUGACAAAAGAAUAUUCCUUCCUGCGGACCAGUGUCCCUCGGGGCCCUAAAGUAGGCAGUUUAGGACUUCCAGCACAGCCAAAGGAGAAAAAAAGUUCCAAAUCGAGCAAAAUCCGUUCUCUGGCAGAUUAUAGAACUGAGGAUUCAGACUCGGGAAUUUCUAGUGGAAACUUUCUGGCUCCUGACUCCACCAGGGGCACCCUUCAUCAGAACAGAAGCAGUCUGACAUCAGUGGUAUCUGAAAUCAGCCUGACCCCUGAAACAGAUGAGCGCCUGGAGAAUUCUUCAGUGGCGGGAGACAGUGUCUCCGAACUAGAUGGGAGCGAAGGGGGCCUGAAGCUGGACGGCAAUGACAGCGAUAGCUCGUCCUACAGCAGUGUCUCUGGCAGAGGUGCAUACGGAGUGGCGGGCACAGUGGGCAAGCAGGCAGCUUCCUACCUUGUCAAUGGCCAGGAGAUCAGUUCCGACGCCAUGGGGCAGUUUCCUUCCCUUAGAGAUGUCCUCCAGGCCGCUGCAGCCGAGCACCACAGCCCAGAACCGGAUGUGAACGGGGACGUGCACAGUCGGAGAGACAGCAUCUCCAGCAGCAUAUCCAUGGAGAGCUCUAUUGCUGGAACUCAUGAUGAAAUGCUGCAGAUUCUUAAAGAGAAAAUGAGACUUGAAGGGCAGCUGGAGGCCUUGUCCUUAGAGGCUAGUCAGGCCCUUAAAGAGAAGACUGAGCUACAAGCCCAGCUCGCAGCCUUAGACACCAAGCUCCAGGCCCAGGUGGAACAGAGCCGAAGCAGCCAGCAGAAACAGGACUCGCUGAGUUCUGAAGUAGACACCUUGAAGCAGUCUUGCUGGGAUCUGGAGCGGGCAAUGACUGACCUGCAAAAUACCCUCGAGGCAAAAAAUGCCAGCCUGGCAUCCUCCAACAACGACCUGCAAGUGGCUGAGGAACAAUACCAGAGACUCAUGGGAAAAGUGGAGGACAUGCAGAAAAGCAUCCUUAGCAAAGACAACACAGUGCAUGACCUUCGACAGCAGAUGACGGCCUUACAGAACCAACUACAGCAGGUUCAGCUAGAGCGCAGCACGCUGACAAGCAGGCUGCAGGCCUCCCAGACCGAGAUCACAUCACUGCAGAAGGUCCGGCAGUGGUACCAGCAGCAGCUGGCCCUGGCCCAGGAGGCCCGGGUCAGGCUGCAAAGCGAGAUGGCCCACAUCCAGGUCGGGCAGAUGACCCAGGCAGGCAUGCUCGAGCACCUUAAACUUGAGAAUGUGUCAUUGUCCCAUCAACUGACAGAGACUCAGCAGAGAUCCAUCAAGGAAAAGGAACGGAUUGCUGUCCAGUUACAAAACAUAGAGGCAGACAUGCUGGACCAGGAAGCAGCAUUUAUUCAGAUCCAGGAAGCCAAGUCCCUGGUGGAAGAAGACCUUCAGAGGAAGCUGGAGGAGUUUGAAGAUGAGAAGGAGCAUUUACAAAAAAUGGCUGAUUCUGCUGCGUCCUUGGAGCAGCAGCUCCAGCAGGUAAAGCUGACUUUGCAUCAGCGGGACCUGCAGCUAGACGCCCUGCAGCAGGAACACCUGGACCUCAUGAAGCAGCUCACCCUGAGCCAGGAGACUCUGCACACCCGAGAGCAGGCCUUCCACGAGCUGCAGGCCCGCCACGAGGAGCUGCAGGCCCGGCUGGAGGAGCUCCAGGGAGAUGCAGCCGCCAAAGACGACACGCUCCAGUUUCUGCAGAACGAGAAGAUCGUCCUGGAGGUGGCGCUGCAGGCGGCCCGGGCGGGUAAGGAGGAGCUUGACCGCAGCACCCAGCAGCUGGAGGAGGGCGCGGAUGCCACCUCGGAGCUCGUGGAGCAGCUGAGACAGGAGAUAGCCGUCAAGUGCAGCCAGGUGGAAAACCUGCAGCAAGAAAGCAUUGCUCUGAAAAAACAGACUCAGAAAGUGAAGGAGCAGUUUCUUCAACAAAAGGUGAUGGUGGAAGCAUACCGGAGGGAUGCCAGCUCCAAGGAGCAGCUCAUCAGCGAACUGAAAGCCACCAAGAAAAGAUUUGACUCAGAGAUGAGGGAUCUGAGGCAAGAGUUAAUCAAGCUUAAGGGUGAAAAGGAGUCAGUGGAAGUGGAGCGUGCCAGGUUACAGAAGGAAGUGUCCCAAGUGCAACAGCAAAUGGCCGACCUCGAGGGACAACUCCAGCUGGUGCAGAGAGAGCGGGACGAGAUGGAGACCCAGUUACAGUCGGUGCAGUUUGAUAAAGAACAAAUGGCGUCCCUUACAGAGGUGAAUGAGGUGUUGAAACAACAAGUAGAACAAAUGCAACUAGAAGCGAGAAAGGCCAUUACAGAACAAAAGCAGAAGAUGAAGCGAUUGGGUUCAGAUCUGACGAGUGCCCAGAAAGAGAUGAAGGCCAAGCACAAAGCCUAUGAGAACGCAGUGGGCAUCCUGAGCCGCCGCCUCCAGGAAGCCCUCACUGCCAAAGAAUCCUCAGAAGCAGAAUUAACCAAGCUCAGAGCCCAAGUCACAGAGGGAGGAAACAGCCAAGCGCUGAAUGAACGCAUCCAAGGCCUGGAAUUGGAGCUACAGACCGUCGGUCAUAGUAAGAUGAUGCUAGAGAAGGAGCUCCAGGAAAUCAUCUCCCUGACCAGCCAGGAGUUGGAAGAGUACAGGGAGAAGGUCAUCGAGCUAGAAGAUGAGCUCCAAGAAUCCAGAGGCUUUAGAAGGAAGAUAAAACGUCUCGAAGAGUUGAAUAAGAAGCUGGCUCUGGAAUUAGAGCACGAGAAGGGAAAGCUGACGGGUCUCGGACAGUCCAAUGCAGCCUUACGGGAACACAACAGUAUCCUAGAAACUGCAUUAGCCAAGAGGGAGGCGGAUUUGGUGCAGCUGAACCUGCAGGUGCAGGCCGUUCUGCAGCGCAAAGAGGAGGAGGAUCAGCAGAUGAAACAACUCGUCCAUACCUUACAGACUGCACUGGAGAAGGAGAAAGCCAAAGUGCGGAGCCUCAAGGAGCAGGUGGCUGCAGCCAAGGCUGAUGCCGGACACAACCGCCGUCAUUUCCGAGCUGCAGCCUUGGAGCUGAGUGAGGUGAAGAAGGAGCUGCAGGCCAAGGAGCAACUGGUCCAGAAGCUCCAGGCAGAAGCAGACAGCCUGCAGGCACAGGAGGGGAAACAUUGCCAAGAAGUGUCCCAGUUCCAGCAAGAGUUGGCAGAAGCUCGGACUCAGCUGCAGCUUCUGCAGAAGCAGCUGGACGAACAACUGGACAAACAGCCUGUUGAAAACCAAGAGGUUGAAGAUCUCAAAUGGGAGAUAAGUCAGAAAGAGAGAGAGAUCCAGACCCUGAAGCAGCAACUGGGUCACACGGAGCAGCACAGUCAGAAGGAAUUGGAGGGGAUCCAGCUGGCGCUGCAGAAUAUUAAGACAGAGCUGGACAUGGCACGGGAAGAUCUCUCUAUGACCCAGAAAGAUAAAUUCACCCUUCAGGCUAAGGUGACGGAGCUGAAGAACAGCAUGAAGACACUGCUCCAGCAAAACCAGCAACUGAAGCUGGACCUGAAGCAGGGCAAGAUGAAGAAGAGGAAGGAACUGAAGGGAGAGACCAAUUCCAACCCCGUGACGCCCGUUAAAAUUCCAGACUGCCCCGUCCCUGCCUCCCUCCUAGAGGAGCUGCUCAAGCCCCCAUCGACUGUGAGCAAGGAGCCGCUCAAGAACCUGAACAGCUGCCUCCAGCAACUGAAGCAAGAAAUGGAUAGUCUUCAGCGCCAGAUGGAAGAACACACGAUCACGGUACAUGAAUCGAUGUCUUCGUGGACUCAGAUGGAGGGCCACUUAAUGGACCUCUCGGUUACUGGCCCUCCUGCUGCCUCACGGGAACUCGAAAAUGCCAGCGUUGACCGAAAGGAACAGACCUGCCCUGCCCAUAUCCAACAAGUAUUGGAACAAUGACCCCGAGCUGCCCCCUGGGUAUCCUCUUGUCUCUGAAUGUGUGAAGGAUUUUUGUUUUAUCGCCCUUAUUUAUUUGACUGUGCACUUGAUUUUUCCCUAUGAGUUGCAGUUUUGAGUUCUCCUUUUGCCGCGGAGGAUGCAAGAGCAUGAGGGCAGAGGACCAGAGAAGUGCCCUGUUCAUGGGCCGCGCUUACUCCUUCCUACCAAAGUAAGGCAGUCUCAGGCGGGCCUUGUCUCUGAUGUUCCUGGACGGGCGUCUGGGUGUGUCAGGCCAGAGUUCUGAGAGCUCCUCUCAGAGACUGCAGACUUCUGGCCUGGGAAGUGCUGGCUCCACGUCUGUCUCCCUUUCCUUCUCAGCUCUGUAGGAAGCUUCAUUUUCCUGCAGAGAAGAAAACACUUAUUUUGCACCUUUUACUUUAUUUUUCAAAUACGUCCAUCUUACAGCUGGACGUCUAUAAAUAGUAAAAAUCAUAUAAUUGUUACAAAAUACCCUUAUAUAAUUUAAAAUUACUUGGACUGUCUUUUUUGUUCUUCUGUCUCUCUCUUGUUGCCAUGUUGAAGUCUGCUGUUAGAAAAUCUUGUACAUAGAGUAUUUAGGGAAGCUGACCGGUACAGGUGAGGCUUGUAGAAAAAGAAGUAUUUUAUUUACUGUACCUUUCAAACACAAAAAUGCCUACAUGAAAGGGGUUGGGGUUUGGGUUUUUUCCAUCACCUUUCUUGCUCAGCUGUUUGCAAAGCGCACAGAGCUCCGCUCUCGCUUUCGGUGGGAGCAUUGGCACAGACACAGCCUCCCUCACCCUGACCAAAGCAUCGCAGUUCCUAAGCGGGGGUCCUACCACCUGUUGAGGUCCUGCCAAAGCAGAGGAAAAGGAGGGGGUGAGGGAGUGCGUAACAGAGCGAGGGGAAGGAAAGGGAGAGAUAAGAAAAGACUGGCCAUAGGUAGGGUAGGAUGCCAUAGUUUGGCCAGCCUCAGGCUUCAGUUCUCUUUGCAGGCAGGUUGGAAAUGGGCUCAUGAGGAUCCCCCUCCCACCUCUGUCCGGCUCUGACAGCCUGAGGUUUUAAACCUGAAACUGACAUCUGGGGAGAGUCACCCCAGCCACCUGAGAGAAACACUCCUUGCAGACUGGGCUUUAUGGGCACGUUAGUCACAUUUACAAAAAAGCUUCCUUUCAGUCUCUUUCCUGCUCAGGUUUCAUGUUUCUGAUGCAAAUGAGUGGGGAAAAAUUAAGACACUAGAAUCAGUGCAGGUGUCUGGUUGUUUUCUCUUACCUGGUUGCUCAUGAAACCUAGAAUACCUGCAUUUGCAAAUCGGGCACCCUGGAUAGGCCACACUUCAACUCUUCACAUCAUGCCACCCAAACUAAACACCAUCAGAGGGGUAGGUCAGGAGUCCAGCAGUUUGUAAACAUUGGGUUCGGUUUUGCUUAAUUUGCAAAGAAAAGUCAUGGGGAAAAAUUGCCAUUGAGUAGUGGGAGAUUUUUGUAUUUCUAAGCUCUGGGGGAGGGAGGGAAUAAUCUGUUAAUGGGGCUCUCAGAUGCCCAUUAUGCAGAAUAACUGGCCUGAAAAUGAUGUUAUGAAGUGUUACUGAUCAGUCCAGAUAUGCUCACAUUUACUCUAUAUAUGACAGAAGCUUAAUUACUCUCAUGGAGAAAACAGUAUGGUAUUCUUAAGCCGUUUCUUGUGUUCUUAAAACUGCCUCUUAAACUGUGUUGCAAGAGGAAAUAAAAAUACCCUGUUGUUAGUGGAUAAGGGUAAAAUAACAUUAAUGUUAAAUACACUUAGUGAUGCUAAAAGAAAAUACUCCCAUCAAGUGUUGCCAUUUCUAAAGAAUUGUCAUUUGUGCGAGGGUGAUUCUUGCUGCCAUACUGGAAAAUCAUCCUUAGCAGCAGAUGCAGGCACAAUACCCACCUUCCUAGUUUUGUGUGACAUUUGUCUCUCCCCCAGGCUGCGUGUGGGGGGUGCCUUAGCAAGGUGUGUUCAGGGUUCACUUUUCCACAAAGGAAGAGAAGCUUGGUUAGUUGUCAGGUGAAUUCAAACUUCUUUUUGUUUUUCUUCAUCUUCUUUUCAUUCUGCUCUUGGUUAUUUCUCACAUUCAUUCCUUCUCUCACUCCCACCCUGAGAAACCCAGUAAUUUUCUCAACUCUCUUUGCAAUGUGCUCGUCCCAAAGCCUCAGCCAGUCCCAUUCCUUCUGGCUCAGAGAACAUUCACAGGGUCGAGUGUUUUAGCUCUGAAUGGUUCUCUAGGCUUGGGCCCUGCUGCUGGCUGGGUGGGAGUUUAAGGGAACGUCUCAAGACUCUGUUUGGCUUCCCUCUCAUUCCCACCCUCCCAGCCGCUGGACAUCAACCCUUUUCUCCCUUUUCUCCCCCUGGUACCUGGGACAUCCUAGGCUGGGGAAAUAAAUCUGAGGCCUCUCAGUGUCUGCUUAGACACUGCUAUUGGGCUUCCCCAAGAAGUCACUUUAAAGAGGAAAACUAGUGCCUCCAUAACCUACGAGAUAAUCUCCAAGUUGCCUCCUUUGGAAGGGACUCUGCUUCCUGUAGCUGCCUCACUGUCCUACCUCCCCCAGCCAGGCUCUAGUGAAGAAAGGGCCAGGCCAUCUGAAGUGACUCGUGAGUCGACUCAUGGAAAGAAAGCAGGGAUCACUCCUUUGUAAAGCAAAGACUCCACUUGCAACAUACUUGUAGAUGUCUGUAAUGAAUGCAGUGUUCAAUCCCCAAGGGAAAGUUCAUGCUCUAUGGAAUCAUUACUUAGUCUUCCAGUUUGUUCCAAGAUGUUUUGUGCAACCUGGUUGUCGUUAUUCCUUCUUUGGUACCCAACAUCUCCAAGAAAUAUUGUGGAUCUUAUAGAUCCAUCAAAGUGUUCUUCCCUCUGGAGGGUGUGACAGCUGAUUUUUCUCUUGUCAUAGGAUGCACAAGUGGCUGUUACUGUGGUUGGUACAGAUUGAGGUUCAAAUUGUAAAGAGGUCCCCAAGAGAAUUGCCCCCCAAGGUGCAUGGUGAUAGGGAUAGUUGGACAGUGUUUUGUGAAACUUCCCAUGUUGUUCAGCUGACAGCAUCCAUUUUCUGUACAGGUGAAAUUUCCCUGUAAAAGCAAUAGCAAAUCAAAUUUUAGGCCUAUAGAAUUGGCAUGACUAUGUAUGAACACUUUCGUGAGUGCUAAAAAAAAAUGUCUUGGAUAGAUGUCCUGAGGUGAAGCCAUCCAGUUAUUAAAAAGAGAUGCCUUGGAGCCUAGCUUUAACCAGAUCCCAUGUGGCCUGGAAUUGGGUAUAGGCCCAAGGGUCUUAAGCCUUUCCUAUCCAAGGCAGGUUUGUGAGUGGAGGGAUCAGAAGAAUUUUGUUAUACCAUGCUCUCACCUUAACUGUGGGCCCAUAAUGUGGGCCCAAAGAUAGCAAUACAGGGAGACUUUAAUACUCUGAUUGGUUUCCAGUUAUCUAAUCAAAUGUUCAUUAGCUAAUCAAAAUAAGAUUCACAUACAUGCAAAAAAUUAUUCAUGCAUAUAAAUCUAUUAAAAUUUGUUCAUCAGGUUGGGGCUCUUUUUUGGUGGAAUAACUUGAGGAAAAUGUGACACCAUGUACAAUGAAUGAUUAUCUUAUACAGCAUGUUAAUUAAAACGGUUUAAGUGUGCAUAGGAAUUCCUAAGUUUUGUGCAAUAAACUAUUUUUGGUAAAGGGUUUCAUAUUUAUUAUUUGGGAAUUCAUUAUAAUAAUUUAAGUACAAUUUGUCUCUUUUAUUGAGGUGUAUGUUUUCCCCCCUCAUAAAAAUGUUAAAUUGCU